GCGCUGGGCGCGGGGGCGGCGGGGCUCGUGCUGCUGUGGGCGCGCGACCGGCAGGCCCUGCGCGCCGCCGUCCCCGCGCCGCCCGCCUCGCCCCGCGCCGCCUUCAACUUCAUCGCCGACGUGGUGGAGAAGACGGCGCCCGCGCUCGUCUACGUGGAGAUCGUGGGCAGACACCCGUUCUCGGGCCGCGACGUGCCCAUCUCCAACGGCUCCGGCUUCCUGGUGUCGCCGGACGGGCUCAUCGUGACCAACGCGCACGUGGUGGCCAACCGGCGGCGCGUGCGCGUGCGCCUGGCCAGCGGCGAGCUCUAUGACGCCGUGGUGCACGACGUGGACCAGGUGGCUGACAUCGCCACCAUCAAGAUCAAGGCCAAGCACCCGCUGCCCACGCUGCCGCUGGGCCGCUCCUGCGACGUGCGCCAGGGCGAGUUCGUGGUGGCCAUGGGCAGCCCCUUCGCGCUGCAGAACACCAUCACGUCGGGCAUCGUGAGCUCCGCGCAGCGCGGCAGCCGCGAGCUCGGCCUCGCCGCCACCGACAUGGACUACAUCCAGACGGACGCCGCCAUCGACUUUGGGAACUCCGGGGGCCCCCUCGUCAACUUGGACGGCGAGGUGAUCGGCGUGAACACCAUGAAGGUGACGUCGGGCAUCUCCUUCGCCAUCCCCUCCGACCGCCUGCGGAAGUUCCUGCAGAAGGAGGAGCAGCGCAAAAGCUCUUGGUUCGGCAAUGCAGAGGCAAAGCGCCGGUACAUCGGGGUGAUGAUGUUGACUCUUACACCAAGCAUCCUGGCUGAGCUGAAGCUGCGUGACCCCGGCUUCCCUGACGUGUCCCACGGGGUGCUGAUCCACAAGGUGAUCGUCGGCUCCCCAGCCCACCAGGCGGGCCUGAAGGCAGGGGACAUCGUGCUGGAGAUCAACGGGCAGGCGUCGCGGCGCGCCGAGGACGUGUACGAGGCCGUGCGCACGCAGCAGAACCUGGCCCUGCUGGUGCGGCGCGGCGGCGACGCGCUGCUCCUCAGCGUCGCCCCCGAGGUGGCCGAGUAGGGACGGGAUGCGGGACAGCGGCAGCCGUGGGACACUCCCCAGAGACUGAGAGCGGCAUCU